CUGUAAAUAUUGACCUCGCCUCCGCUCGAUGCGAAAAACUCUCAAAACUGAGUGAGAAGCGUUUGAGUUCGCUGCUAUUGAAAAGAAGAAGAAACCCUUUCGUCGGCCUUACCUUUUCUUUUUCCUCAACUUCCAUUUCCGAUCUCGCUUUAGGAAGAAAUGGCCAUGGCAGCUCUAAGACGUGAGGGGAGGCGGUUCGCUACCGUGAUCUCUUCUCAACCAAUCACCGCUCUCCGGUCUUCCCUCGUUUGCGAGGAACAAGCUCCUCUUGGUGUGCGCUCUAUCUCCACUCAAGUGGUUAGAAAUCGAAUGAAGAGUGUGAAAAAUAUCCAGAAAAUUACAAAGGCAAUGAAGAUGGUUGCAGCCUCAAAGCUUCGGGCAAUUCAAGUGCGUGCUGAAAAUUCUCGUGGCCUUUGGCAACCCUUUACUGCACUUCUUGGGGAUAUUCCAAGUGUUGAUGUAAAGAAGAAUGUCAUUGUUACCAUUUCUUCUGACAAAGGUCUUUGUGGUGGAAUUAAUUCUACCUCUGUCAAGAUAAGCAAGGCUCUGCGCAAGAUAAAUUCUGGUCCUGAACAGGAAACAAAAUAUGCUAUAUUGGGAGAGAAGGCAAAGGCUCAGUUAGUACGUGACUCCAAGAAGGACAUAGAAGUCAUCAUCACUGAGCUGCAGAAGAAUCCUUUAAAUUAUACUCAAGUCUCUGUUUUAGCUGAUGAUAUUCUAAAGAACGUAGAAUAUGAUGCUCUGAGGAUUGUUUUCAACAAGUUCCAGUCAGUUGUCUCAUUUCUGCCUACAGUAUCUACCGUGCUGUCCCCUGAGAUUGUUGAAAGGGAGGCAGAAUCUGGGGGGAGGCUUGGUGACCUGGAUUUAUAUGAGAUUGAAGGUGGCGAGACAAAGUCUGAGGUUCUCCAAAACCUAGCAGAAUUCCAGUUUUCUUGUGUACUGUUCAACGCCGUAUUGGAAAAUGCUUGCAGUGAACAAGGUGCAAGGAUGUCUGCAAUGGACAGCUCAAGCAGAAAUGCUGGGGACAUGCUUGAUCGCCUCACAUUAACUUAUAACAGAACUCGGCAAGCAUCUAUCACCACCGAGUUGAUUGAAAUUAUAUCUGGAGCUUCAGCAUUGGAGGGCUAGUUCCUACCUAGAUCUUCUGCUGGUUCACCCAAUGGUUGGUGAACUAAGAUCUUGAGGCGAUAUUUGAUUAUCACGACGUUGCCUUUUGAGCUUUUUUGUAAUAAUACACCCAGUUCCAAUUCCAUCCUGGGAACCAAGUUUGUUUAGAUAUCAAUUGAUUUUCUCUUAAGCUCCAAUGCUUGAAUUUGCUUUGUUUUCUGAGAAACCUCGUGAUUUUCAGUAUGAUAUUUUAUGUACGUACGCAUGGGAUAA